GAUGGCCUUCCAUAGAAAUGCAAAACAGACACGACUCUCCUACCGACGCGUUAAACAGAGCAAUAAAACACGCCCCCUUGUUCGACUCACUUGUUCAAUAUGGCGGCUAUAGCAAAAAGGAAGCGAGUCGUCAGCUCCGAACUCACUAAUAUAAACAAUGACAAUGAAAAUGCUUUAAUGAGACCACAUGCUAAUGAGGCUGGACCCGAAGAUAGCACACACAAUCUGCAGUUUGUGGAAGGAUCCAUAGUUCGGAUUAAAAUGUACAACUUCCUAACCUAUGACUUCUGUGAGGUGUAUCCAGGACCAAAUUUAAACAUGAUCGUGGGAGCUAAUGGUACAGGGAAAUCGAGCAUAGUUUGUGCCAUCUGUUUGGGUCUAGCCGGAAAGACUUCCUUCAUUGGAAGAGGAGAUAAAAUUGGACUUUAUGUGAAGCGAGGAUGCAACAAAGGCAGCAUUGAAAUUGAGCUUUACAAGCCUGAUGGGAACCUUGUGAUUACUCGAGAAAUUCAAGUUGAAAACAAUCAAUCAAUAUGGGCGAUCAAUGGGAAGCAUGCAACUCAGAAAAAUGUGGAAGAAAAGGUUGCAGCCCUUAAUAUUCAAGUGGGCAAUCUUUGUCAAUUCUUGCCUCAGGAAAAAGUUGGGGAGUUUGCAAAAAUGUCAAAAAUUGAACUGCUUGAAGCAACUGAGAAGUCAAUUGGGCCUCAAGAGAUGUACAAGUUUCACUGUGAUUUAAAAAACUUCCGUUCAAAGGAGAGGGAGCUAGAGAAUUUGUGCAAAGAGAAAUCCAGUUUCCUGGAGAAAAUGAAGCAGAGAAAUGAACGGUACAAACAGGAUGUGGAACGUUAUUACGAGAGGAAACGUCACUUGGAUAUGAUCAACAUGCUGGAGAGGAAAAAGCCUUGGGUGGAAUACGAAACUGUUAGGAAGCAGUAUGAAGGUACGAAGAAUGAGCGCGACCAGGUGAAAAAAGAUUUGAAAAAGUUAAAAGAUGACCAGGCACCGAUGCUACGCAAAAUCCAGGCUUUUGACAGGCAAAUUGAAGUCAUUGAGAAAAAGAUGAAGGACAAGUCUUUGGAGAUCAAAGAAACAUCACAAAAGUGUAAGCAAAAACAAGACAUGCUGGAUCGUAAGGACAGAGAGAUUGAAGAUAUACAGCAGGCCCUGAAUCUUAAGCGGGAUGAAGAGACGGACCGGCAGAAGAGGAUUAAUAACACGCGACGCAUGAUCAAGGACUGGCAGAGCGAACUGAGCAGCAUCGGAGACCUGGACCACGUGCAGCCUCAGAUAGAUGACAUCAACUGCCAGCUGCGGCAGAUUCAAGAGGAGAAAGCCAGUGCUGACGGGGAGCGCACAGACCUGAAGAGAGAGAGGGACAACCAGGAGAGUGAGAGGAGAAGACUAGCUAAUCACUCCAAGAAAUUGGAAGAUAUGAUGAACAUGAAACAGGAGAAACUUCGGGAGAGGUAUCUAGACACCUAUAAGGCAUUCACAUGGCUGAGAGAAAACAAAGACCGGUUCAAAGGCAGAGUCUACGAGCCCAUGAUGCUUGUGAUAAGUGUGAAAGAUCCUAGAAGUGCGAAGUUUAUUGAGAACCACAUUCCACUUAAUGAUCUCAGGGCCUUUGUAUUCCAAAAACAAGAAGAUAUGGAAAUAUUCCUUAAGGAGGUACGUGACACCCAGAAAUUAAGGGUAAAUGCUGUCCUCGCACCUGCCCCGUCAUGUGCAAACAGGCCGCCACCAAGACCAAUUGAGUACUUGCAGCGUUACGGAUUUUACUCAUUCUUGCGAGAGCUGAUUGAUGCCCCGGAAGAUGUUAUGAGUUAUCUCUGCCACCAGUACAGAUUGAACGAGGUUCCUGUUGGGACUGAGAAGACCAAAGCAAUGAUUGAAACAGUUAUAAGAGAGUCCCAGCUGAGACAGUUUUACACAGCAGAAGAGAAAUAUAUUGUGAAAAAGUCCAACUACACCAACAAGACAAUUUCCAGUAACUCUGCUCUGCGCCACCCUCAGUUCCUUACAUUGACUGUGGAUGCUGAUGAAAGAAGGCAGCUUGAAGAACAGCUAAAGACGAUUCAACAAAAGAUGCAGACAUUGGAUUCACAAAUGAAGGCCCUGUCGGAACGUCAGAAUGUGCUGGAUCGUAGGGACAAUGAGCUCAGAACGCAAAAGAAAGACUUGUCUGAGCUGAAGGGAAAAAAAAGGCAACUGGAACAGAAAAUUAGCACCAAACAAGACAGUUUGAAGCAGAUGGAACAGUAUGCCAUCAAUCUACAACAAGAAGAAGAACGGACGAAAGCGAAGAUAAAGGCAGUCAAUGUCCAGAAAGUCAAGCUUGUAUCCGAACUCAUGCUGCUUAUAAAAGACUGUACAAAACUGAGCAUGGAGAAGGUGAACCUGUCUCUUGAAAGUACUGAGCUGAAUGCCCAGAAGAGCAAGCUAGAAACAGAUUGCAGAGAAGGGUCUUCACAGCUGAAAAACAUGGAGAAACAAUACACAGAGUUGGAGAACAGAAAGCUUUCACUGAUGGAGAACUGCAAGGCAUUGUUGAAGAAAGCAAAGGACAUGUGUAAUCUGGAUCCAGGGCAGAAUGCUGUUCCAGAGGAGCUCCAUUCUGGGUUCCGUAAGCUUCCAAAUACUCUGGAUGAAAUAGAUGCUUUACUUCACGAGGAGAGAUCAAGAGCUUCCUGCUUCACUGGCUUAAAUGCUUCAGUUGUUGAUGAGUACACAAAGAGGACCCAGGAAAUUGAGAAUUUAACAAAAGAACUAGAAGAAAAGAAAACUGAAUUGGAUAAUUACAGGCAGAAUAUUUCCCAGGUAAAAGAAAGGUGGUUAAAUCCACUGAAACAGCUUGUAGAGCAAAUCAAUGAGAAGUUUGGUGAUUUCUUCAGUUCCAUGCAGUGUGCUGGGGAGGUGGACCUACAUUCUGAAAAUGAGGAGGAAUAUGACAAGUAUGGAAUUCGCAUUCGAGUUAAGUUUCGCAGCAGCACCCAGCUCCAUGAGCUCACUCCACAUCAUCAGAGCGGCGGCGAGCGCAGUGUUUCCACCAUGCUGUACCUGAUGUCUCUGCAGGAGCUUAACCGCUGCCCUUUCCGUGUAGUGGAUGAAAUUAAUCAGGGUAUGGACCCAGUCAAUGAACGGCGAGUUUUUGAAAUGGUGGUGCGCACAGCUUGCAAGGGAACCACUUCUCAGUACUUCUUUAUUACACCCAAACUGCUACAGAAUCUGACAUAUGCUGAUGAGAUGACUGUCCUGUGCAUACAUAAUGGGUCCCACAUGCUGCCUCCUACCAAGUGGAACUUGAAAGCUUUUUACAGAAGACGACAGCGAGUUCAGCGGAUGCUGGCCCAGUGAAGAGAACUUCAACUCGCUCUUCAAUGCACAGCUCUUGUUCUCAGAAUGGUAAUAGCUGUUGAGGAGUCAGUUAACAGCAGUAUAUGGAAAAUGUAUGCUUAUGGAAUUCCACUAAGUUCUAAUGUGUGUUCUGUAUAUAUUUAAUCAGUUCCUCUGUAGUUCUUUUACUUAACAAAAAAAAAGUUAAAAGUAAAAAACAAAUGAUGGCAACAGGACUGCAAAGAUGGUGCUGACAGUAAAUACAGUACAAUCUGUGGUUAUCAAAAGCUGUGGUUUAGUUCAUUUUUAUGCAAUGUUACAACCUUAUUUGAAAGGUUACAUUUUUUUGUCUUCUAAAAAUGUAAGGAAUUGAAACAUUGCUGUUUUUCUGUUUAACAAGCACAGUAAAACUUGUUUGAUAUUUUUUUAUUUAUUUUUAUAUUGAGAAAUAUGGUUUAGGGACUAUUUUGUGUCCAUGCCAGCAAUAUAGAAUAUUCCAAAGGCUUUUGCAAAUUUAACUUCAAAAUAUACAGCAUUUUAAAUAUUGACAUGUAUUGUGUUUCCAGUUAGUACAGUAAGUAGGUUAACGUUAUAGAUAACGUUAUGAACUCCAAAGUUAGUUCUCAUAUGAAAUCCAAAGUUAGAGAGGAGCUUCCAAAAUUGCUAUUAUUGUUUGGGACAAACAUUUUCCAUGUGUCAUGAGUUAGAUAUUUGGAACUGGAGGCCUGAAAAUUGGAUCAUAAAAAUGACUCUGCAUGUGCCUACAAAACAGUCACAGAGAGCCAUUAAAAAGACAAGAAUCCUGUGUUUUAGUGAUUUUGUUUGUAGAUCAAACUGAUUUAUCUUGGCGUCCAAAUUAAAAUAGAACUAUUAUAUAUCAAUAUUUGUGAACUGUAUAACAAAUAUUUGUACAAGAAAAUGAUUAAAUAACUGUUUCGGCUCUUGGUUCAUGUGCUAUGAAUAAAAACUUGUACGAUAUUUUAGGUAAAUAUUUCAGUAAAGAUUUGUAUGCAGGUUCUCUGCUAGAGGAAAUUGAUGUCAACUUUGCCCAAGUUGUAAUAUUUUCAUCACCUGAGCUCCAAAGAUUUAUCAAUUUAAGUUUCUAAAAAGGGCAUCGUUCCAUAACCUGCUUUGUGUAAUGUAUUGGAAAUGGCAUGGACAAUUGCAUAGCAAUAUUUGUUAUACUAUGCCUUUGCUAAAUAGGAGGUAAUGGGACAUGACCCAGCCACUACCACCCUUUAAAUCUAAAACUUUGAAAUAAUGAUAAAUCUGUCAAACCAGAUGGUUGUGUGGGAGCUAUUGGUUGAAUUAACAUGGACUGGCCCUUGAGUAAUUUGCAUGUUUGUUAUUGGAGCUCAAUUCUGUGCAUUUUGUAUGCAAGUGUUUUUUGUUUUUUGUUUUUUUGCAUUCUUUAUAGUUUUAAAAUAAAGAUUUAAUGAAUA